CCGCACCCUCCGCUAACGUUUUACCAUUCUGCGCAUGCGUCGCGACGCCAUUUCCGGGUGCGACAUGUAAUAUAUAUAGGUUGGUGUAGCGCUCCAGAGAGUGGGUAGAAUAUACAAAACCAAUGAUUCCCAUAUGUCCAGUAGUAUCCUUCACCUAUGUGCCUGGCCGGCUUGGUGAAGAUGCCAAAAUGGCUACCGGCAAUUACUUUGGAUUUACCCACGGCGCUGCCGCUCAGUACAGCCAGCAGCCAGCAGCCGGGGUAGCAUACACCCAUCCAACCACAGUGGCCAGUUACACAGUUCAUCAAGCACCAGUGGCAGCACACACUGUGGCAGCAGCUUACGCCCCUGCUGCAGCCACAGUUGCAGUAGCUAGGCCUGCUCCUGUUGCGGUGGCAGCUGCUGCCACUGCUGCAGCUUAUGGAGGAUACCAGCCGACCCAUGCGGCCACCGACUAUGGCUACCCUCAACGGCAGCCUGAAGUCCCUCCACCACCCCCACCAGUCACCUCACAGAACUACCAGGAUUCCUACUCCUACGUCCGGUCGACGGCUCCAGCUGUAGCUUACGACAGUAAGCAGUAUUACCAACAACCCACUGCAACAGCGGCUGUUGCUGCUGCACAGCCACAACCCAGUGUUGCAGAUACCUACUACCAGACAGCCCCCAAACCAGUCUACAGCCAGGGGGUGACAUCAUACACCCAGAGCCAGCAGACUCGACAGGUGACUGUGAUAAAGCCAGCUGCUCCCAGUCCAGCCUCUUCAACGUUCUCCAUCUACCCAGUGACAUCUACUGUCCAGCCUGUGGCUGCUGCAGCCUCUGUUGUCCCGUCUUACUCCCAAAGUCCAACAUACAGCACUAAUGCUGUUACAUACUCUGGAACCUCAUACUCUGGCUAUGAAGCUGCAGUUUACUCAGCAGCCUCCAGUUACUACCAGCAGCAACAGCAGCAGAAGCAGGCAGUGGCAGCUGUAGCUGCAACUGCAGCAUGGACAGGGAACACCUUUACCAAGAAACCCCCCUUUCAGAGUAAACAGCUGAGGCCCAAACAGCCCCCCAAACCUCCUCAGAUACACUAUUGUGAUGUGUGUAAGAUCAGCUGUGCUGGCCCACAGACUUACAAGGAGCACCUGGAAGGCCAGAAGCACAAGAAGAAGGAAGCAGCGUUGAAGGUUUCUCAGAGCAGCAGUAACAGUGGUAGCAGUGGAGGAGCACUGGCCCGCAAUGCUCAGAACCAGCUCCGAUGUGAACUUUGUGAUGUUUCGUGUACUGGUGCUGACGCCUAUGCUGCCCAUAUCCGUGGAGCCAAGCAUCAAAAGGUUGUAAAGCUCCACACCAAACUCGGUAAGCCCAUUCCAUCCACUGAGCCCAGUAUGGUUACUCAGACAUCGUCCACCACUACAGCUGCUCCAAGCAAGACCACACUGGCUACUUUCAGCAGUUCCAGUACCACCAGCUCUCCAUGUGUGGCUACCUCCUCCUCUCCUGCCUCCAGCUCCUCCUACCUGAGGCCUAUUAACCUGGUUAGCAGUGGUGUGGCAGGUGUUAAGAGCCCCCAAGCCAGCAGCCUUUCUGCUGCCAAUGCUGCUUCAGUGGGGAAAAAAGUCAACACCCCCAAGAUCAACUUUGUAGGUGGGAACAAAUUACAGACCACAGUGAAGACGGAAGAUUCCAGGGCAGAGGCCAAGGUCGAGGCCUCUAAGCCUGUCGCAGCCUCUUCAGGGUCCCAGGAACCCAAGAGUGACAUUCCAGAUCUUUCCACAUCAUCCCUUGCUGUACUGCAGAGUGAUGUUCAGCCUGUUGGCCAUGACUAUGUUGAAGAAGUCCGCAAUGAUGAAGGCAAAGUCAUUCGCUUCCAUUGCAAGUUGUGUGAAUGUAGUUUCAAUGAUCCAAAUGCAAAGGAGAUGCAUCUAAAAGGUCGCCGGCAUCGCCUGCAGUACAAGAAAAAGGUAAACCCAGACCUCCAAGUAGAAGUCAAACCCAGCAUUCGAGCCAGAAAGAUUCAGGAAGAGAAGAUGAGAAAGCAGAUGCAGAAAGAAGAGUAUUGGAGAAGAAGAGAAGAGGAGGAGCGCUGGAGAAUGGAGAUGAGGCGUUAUGAAGAAGACAUGUACUGGAGACGCAUGGAGGAGGAACAGCACCAUUGGGAUGAGCGUCGUCGUCUGCCAGAUGGAGGAUAUCCACAAGGGCCUCCGGGCCCUCCCGGUCUACUCGGAGUCCGUCCUGGCAUCCCUGGCCUGCAGCCUCAGGGGCCUGUGCCUCCACGCCGGCCUGACUCCUCAGAUGACCGCUACGUAAUGACCAAGCAUGCAGCCAUCUACCCCUCAGAAGAUGAGCUUCAGUCCAUCCAGAAAAUUGUGUCAAUUACUGAACGUGCUCUCAAACUGGUGUCUGACAUAAUUACAGACCAGGAUAAGACCAAAGAAGAAGACAAAGAGAAGAAAGAACCAGCAAAAGACAGAGCCCUGAAGGGAGUGAUGAGAGUUGGUGUCCUGGCCAAAGGCUUGCUGCUCCGUGGGGACAAGAAUGUCAAUCUAGUCCUGCUCUGCUCUGAGAAGCCCACCAAGAGCCUCCUCACCUCCAUCGUGGAGCACCUCCCCAAACAGCUAACACUGGUAACAUCAGAGAAAUACGAAGUCAAAGGAUCUGUCCAGGAAGCAGCCAUCAUUCUGACGUCCUGUACCGAGCCAAAGAUGCAAGUGACAAUCACGCUGACUUCACCCGUCAUCAGAGAGGAAAAUGGCCGGGAUGGAGAUGUAACCUCGGGUAUGGUGAAAGACCCAGCGGACGUCUUGGACAGGCAAAAAUGCCUUGACGCUCUGGCUGUUCUGCGCCACGCUAAGUGGUUCCAGGCUAGAGCCAAUGGUCUUCAGUCCUGCGUGAUCAUCAUCCGAAUCCUGCGAGACCUCUGCCAGCGAGUUCCCACGUGGUCAGCCUUCCCUGGAUGGGCCAUGGAGCUAUUGGUCGAGAAGGCCAUCAGUAGCGCGUCUGCCCCUCUGAGCCCCGGUGAUGCACUGAGACGUGUCUUUGAAUGUAUUUCUUCUGGGAUUUUACUUCCAGGUGGACCAGGACUGGUAGAUCCCUGUGAAAAGAAGCCCGUGGAUACCCUAGCAACUUUGGGAGAGCAGCAGAGAGAGGACAUUACCUCGAGUGCCCAAUUUGCUCUUAGGCUGCUGGCUUUCCGUCAGAUUCAUAAAGUUUUGGGAAUGGACCCUCUGCCGCAGAUGAACCCUCGCUUCAGCAUCCGCAACAGCCGGAAGCGUCGCCGUGACAACAGCGAUGGCACAGACAGCUUCGAGGGCGAAGGCAAAAAAGACAAGAAAGAUUACGACAGUUUCUAAGCUUGCGUUACGAAUUGAAUCUACAUACCAGCUGUACUAAAAUGUCGUAUGCUCGUCUCCUGUGUACUGGCUUCUUUGUUUUUAAGCUCCAGAUGUACCAGUCUAACCACAGCCUGACUUUGUAUGACACACACGUGUAUUGUUUUUAGUUGUAGAUUUCUUACCGUGGGGGCUGAGAACUCUGUGCUAGACGGACGUUUUUACCUGACGUGCUUCUUACAUAGAAUCAAUACAGCAGAGCUUAAGCUUGUGUCACUGCUCCCAUCUCCACCUGUGUGUUUAAAGUGGAGCCGGACUGAACUGUAAUGUGGGUCAGAAGGAAGCGUGAGGAGAUAUCAAUGCCUUCAUUCAUCUGUACAGUUGCAUUCAGAGCUGGUCUGUGUUUUUGUUGUUAUUGUGAACCUUUUAUUUGGCCAACAGAUAUGUCAAAGUUCCUGUAUUACUGUGCUUAAUGCGAGUGCUGUUUGAUGCUGUGGUCUUGUUACGUUUCAAUGCUAAUCUACACUUCAGAUGAAGACCUAUGGGAUGCAGCAGACUCAGAAGGAUAUUUCAGUGUUGAUAUAUCUUUGUUAGUAGUGACAUUGUAAGCCCAGGUAUGUAGUUUUGUCUGUUCAUUUGCAUAUAUAAUAAGUAUUUGUGUAAUCUAUAGAUGUAAAAAGACAAGUUUUGAUUUGUGGAAAAAGUGGCUAUGUUGACACUGCCGACUGUUCUGGCUUUUAAAUUAGUUUUCUUGUGUAAUGGGGAUUGUAUUGGCUUGCUUGCCUCAUACCUUGGUUAGGUGCUAAAUCAGUUCUGUCCUGAGGAAAAGGAAUAAAGAUUAUGACUGAAUGAGA